AUGCAUCUCGUCUGGGUCUCCCCUCUACGCCCUUUACCUACUUUACCUCCCGUCCCCGAAACCCAGCCAAAAAAGUGUAUUCCCCGAGUGCGUGGACGCGAGAGUACGCUCCAAAUCACGCCCACCAUGGUGUCGCCGGCCCCUCCCAAGAAGCUGGACGACCUGCCGGACGAGAUUCUCCUCCGCAUUCUUUCCUUUCUGCACCCUUAUGAUUUUCCCGGCCUGCAACUCGUGUGCCGAAGGCUCCAAGAGAUUUCACUCGACAACAACCACUGGAGAUCGAGGACCUUCGACGAAUCACCUUUCCUAGAAGCGAUCCGCCGGCGGCGGCGCCAGGCCCGCAUUGUUGACGACGACGUCAUUGACGACCCUCUCCUCAGCGCUGCCGCACAGCUGAGCCACGAGCAUGAACCCUCACCUCACCUCUACAAUGGGGAGACGAGAGAGCAGCGCGAGUUGCAGCGGUAUAAGGACAUGGCGAACUGGGACCCCUCGUUUCCGACGGAGCCGGUCUUCUGGUACAAUGAGUACAUCCAACGCUAUGCGCCCGUCACAACGAGCUGGUUGCAGCAGCCCAAGAUCCGAGAUGGGAACGAGGAGGACACGCUGGAUGUCCGGGGAAUGGCACUCUACAGCCCGAAUCGAGAAAGCAACGAGUUGCUGGUAGUAUCGCCAUUGGACGACGGGUCCGUAUGCCUCUGGGACGUGAAAGGUACUAGGGGCCGGAAAGGCGCGACGAUUGCCACGAGCCAGGCAGGCAUCCUCUACCUCGAUGGACCUCAAACCAUGGGGAGAUCACGAAAGAUUGAUGCCGGAGUCUCAGAGUGCAUUAGCGUCGACAGCUUCGCCGACAAGGCCUUUGUCGCAGUUCAGGGUCAUCUUCUCGAAGUGGAUCUCAAUCGUCUACAGGUUGUCGGCGAACAAAUGUUCGAGUGGUCCAUCACGGCGCUGUCUUCGGCCGCCCCAGGCCUGCCACUGACCGUGGGAACCUCGUUGGGGAUCCAUUUAUACGACUACAGAGCGCGGGUAAGGUCGCCUAGUGAAACCACCGAUCAGAUCGACGUGUUAGCUGCGGAUAUGACGAGUGGGAUUUCUGCACGAAGGUCAAGAAUCGUCUUUGACGAUCCGCUGCCGCCGUACGCACCGCUUUCACAACCAACCCCGCUGAGCAUUCUGCACCUGCCCAGACCAUGCGACGAGUACUCUUUCUCGGACGACAUUUAUGUGGCAGGGCGGUUUUCCAACAUCCUCCACUAUGACAGACGUACAUUUCCUUCCAUCAUGGGUUCCAUCCACUCAGGCGCCCGGCUGGCCAGCCUCGCGUCUCUUCCGUAUCCGUUCUCCACGGUAGAUAGCGAAAUGCGCCGAAGGAGCGACUUGUCCGCAGAGCAGGUCGCAGCAUCCAAGAUGAGAGAAGGCGGCCGUACCCUGAUUGCUGGCGGUGAGUACAAUACCAAAGGCUCACUAGAAUUGUACGGAUUGUGCCCGCGGCUAGGGGACUCGUCGGCAGAUUUGAUGCAGAGCUCGACGAUGAAGAAUCGGCAGACGUCUUCGCAAUCCAAGAUUCUCUCCGUCGCGACUCAAGGUACUCGCAUUGUGUUCUCGGACGGCUCUGGGCUUUUGAAGUGGUUCGAGCGCGACGGCUUCACCGAGGUGAGGCGACACAAGAUUGGCCACAGCGAGGUUUCGGAACGUCCGUCCCUCUUUGCGUCAAUGCCCGGUUCGGACGAUCUUGCGCGGAAGAUCUUGUCGACACAAACACGCAACGGGCUGGAUAAUGUCAACGAUGACGAUGUCCUGUUUUGGACGGGCGAGAAACUGGGUCUUGUCGGGUUCUCUUCCAAGCCCGGCUUCACCGCAGAUGAGUUCGAGGAGUCGACCCCGAGGUCGGAGGAAGAAGCGAAGGUAGAACAGGCAGAACAAGAGUACGGGGAGAGAAUGAGAGCGGCCCUUGAGCGGCAAGCGGGCGAUGUCCGUUUUGUGAGGGGCCUGGGCCUAGGGCUGAUGGGAUAA